GUGAACAAUGUGACCGUGAGCCUGGAAAAAUGCCAUACGUAUAACAAGCCAUCAGUCAGCACACAGCACAUGAUCACGAAAAGUUCGGACUCGAAGCGCAGCACAAUUGCAACACAUUGACAACAUCUACAAAUAUGUCCGAUAGCGAGAAACGUGUUGCUGUUGUUGGUGGUGGGUUGGUUGGUUCCCUCAAUGCAUGCUUCAUGGCCAAGAGAGGUUUUCAUGUUGACUUAUAUGAAAAGAGGCCAGAUAUCCGCACACAGGAAAUAGUGAGGGGGAGAAGCAUCAACCUUGCCCUGUCCCACCGUGGUCGACAGGCAUUGAAGCAUGUAGGGCUUGAAGAUGAAGUCGUGAAGAAUGGUAUUCCUAUGUAUGCCCGGAUGAUACAUGACAUGGAUGGAAGCACAAGACCCAUUCCCUAUGGCAGGAGUGAUCAGUAUAUCAUGUCAGUUGACAGGAGGCGUCUGAAUGAAUUACUCUUAUCAGCUGCAGAUGAAAGAGAGAAUGUCAGUCUCCACUUUGAACACAAACUUGUCAGCUGUGACUUUCAAACUGGGGAAAUCAUCUUUGAAAAGCCAGAUAAAACCAAGGUGACACAGCACGUUGACCUAAUCCUUGGCAAUGAUGGAGCUUUCUCAUCCGUGAGAAAAGAAAUGAUCCGACAGAGCAGUAGGUUUAACUAUGCGCAGGAGUACAUCCCACAUGGGUACAUGGAGCUGGUUAUUAAUCCUACACCAUCAGGCGAGUUUGCUAUGGCCACCAACUAUCUUCACAUAUGGCCACGAAAUGAGUUCAUGAUGAUUGGUCUGCCCAACCAAGACAAGACAUUCACUGCCACCCUGUUCAUGAAGUUUGACAGGUUCGAGGAAAUCACAACGGAAAAGGAACUGAUGGAAUUCUUCACAGCUAAAUUUCCUGACUCCAUACCAAUCAUUGGAGAAGCUGCAUUGAAGAAAACCUACUUGAGUAGUAAAGGUUUGCCGAUGGUGUCUAUCAAGUGCUCACCUUAUCAUGUCGGAGACAAGGCAGUACUGAUGGGAGAUGCAGCCCAUGCCAUGGUACCGUUCUAUGGACAAGGAAUGAAUGCUGGGUUUGAAGACUGCCUUGUGUUUGAUGAAAUACUGGACCAGUGUCACAAUGACCUGUCUGCAUCUCUUGAACAGUUCACAAGCUUCAGAAACAAAGAUGCUCAAGCUAUCUGUGAUCUGGCGAUGUACAAUUACAUAGAGAUGAGGAAGUCUGUGAACUCACCAAUAUUCUUGUUGAGGAAGCGGAUUGAUAAUUUGUUGUACACACUCUUCCCCAAAGCCUGGAUCCCCCUGUAUACCAUGGUGUCCUUCACACGGACAAGGUAUCACGAAUGUAUCAACAGACGCAAGUGGCAAGAUCAAGUGAUAGGAAAGCUCUGUAUUGGAAUGGCAGCAGUGGGCGUGGCAUCAGUGUGCUUCACAGCCUACUGUCUGUUGGAUGGGGAUGAGAAUCUGACACUCGGUGAACGGAUCACAACCAUGUUUCAGAGGGCAUCUUUAUGGACAACAAUGAAAGGUGUUGGCAGUCUUGCUGCAAGACAAAUGUCGUCACAGUGACGAGUAUGGUUCUGAACCACAAAGCAUGGAUGGUACCUGGUACAUGCAUCUAUCUUACAGUAAGAUGUUACAGUGUCGUGGCGUGGGUUCUGAGAUCAUAUGGAUCAAGGCCAGUGACGCUACUGGUGUUUGUAAAAGGAAAUUUCAUUGCAGAGUAAAUGCCUCGGCGUGUGCCACAGGGGAAGCCACA